AGAGCUGCUGUACGACGUUGACUCGGCGUAAAUAAACAUGGCGUCGUUGCUAAACUUGCGGGAUUAUGGUAGUGACACUGACAGUGAUUUAGGUGAAGUGGAGGAUUACGUGCAACAUCUAAAACCAAUUGAAAGUGGGAACACAAUAUCUCAAGAAUUACAGCUGGUUGUUUCACCUCCAGUAACGUCUACAAAAGAGCUUGAUGAUCGCCGUCACAUAGACCCACGAGAGAAAGAACUGACUUAUAACCCCAAAUAUGAAGAGUUGUUUGCCCCAGUACCUGGUCCACAAAAGCCACAGUCCAAAUACCAUGAAAUUGCUAGAAACACUUUAGCUGGUCAUGUUGAACCUGCUCAUUUUAAUGAAUUUGAGUUUGAAUCACAAAGACGCACUUUCACAACAUAUGGGUAUGCUGUGGAUCCUUCAAUAUCAGGAAAUCCUGAUGAUGGAAGGAGAUUUGUUGGAGAUGUUUCUACAGCCCAGGAAACAUCUGGACUGACAGUUUUUGAAACCAAACACAAGUCAGAACAACCUCCUAAGCGCAAACGUGACAAGAAUGAUGAUGCAGCAGAUAUUGAAGGAUUUAAGGGACCAUGGGCCAAAUUUAAAAAUGAACAAACUGUGAUGAAACCAUCAGAAGAGGAGCAGCACGCACUGGAUGAGAUUUUGGCCAAACGACAAAAACGAGGUAAACAGACUGAUGAUAAGCCCAUAGAAGAAAAAUCUCUUUUGCACAUAAAAGAUGCAUAUGAUUAUCAGGGACGGUCAUUUUUACAUAUUCCUCAAGAUGUUGGAGUAAAUUUGAAGUCGCCAGAACCACCCGAGAAGUGUUUUAUGCCCAAGAAAUUAAUACAUACAUGGAAGGGUCAUACGAAGGGAGUGUCUGCUAUUCGAUGGUUUCCAAGAUCUGGUCAUCUUAUGCUUUCUUGUGCUAUGGACACCAAGAUUAAAAUAUGGGAAGUGUACAACAAUCGGCGAUGUAUUAGAACCUAUAUGGGACACAAGCAGGCAGUGAGAGAUGCAUGUUUUGAUAAUGAAGGCAAGCAGUUUCUUUCAGCUGGCUAUGACCGUUUCAUUAAAUUGUGGGACACCGAGACUGGGGACUGUGUCUCUCGGUUUACGAGUCGAAAAAUUCCAUAUUGUGUCAAAUUCCAUCCUGAUGAAGAAAAGCAAAAUCUUUUUGUAGCUGGCACAUCUGAUAAAAAAAUUGUUUGUUGGGAUAUUAGAACUGGUGAGAUAGUUCAGGAAUAUGAUCGUCAUUUAGGAGCUGUAAAUACUAUUACAUUCAUUGAUGAAAACAGAAGAUUUGUCUCUACUUCUGAUGAUAAAAGUUUGCGAGUGUGGGAAUGGGACAUUCCUGUUGAUUUUAAAUACAUUGCAGAUCCCACAAUGCAUUCCAUGCCAGCUGUCACUCUUUCUCCUAAUAAAAAGUGGCUAGCUUGCCAAAGCAUGGAUAAUAAAAUUGUAAUAUUUUCAGCCUUAGACCGUUUUAAGAUGAAUCGUAAAAAAAUCUUUACUGGCCACAUGGUAGCAGGAUAUGCCUGUACACUUGAUUUCUCGCCAGAUAUGUCGUAUCUUGUGUCUGGUGAUGCAGACGGAAAAGCUCAUGUAUGGGACUGGAAAACUACAAAGCUCUACCAGAAGUGGAAGGCUCAUGAUGAUGUUUGCAUUGGUAUUCUGUGGCAUCCCCAUGAAACUAGUAAAAUUGCAACAGCUGGUUGGGAUGGCCUCAUUAAAUACUGGGAUUAGCUAGCCUUUAUAUUUGUGAUAGGGGAUAUUACAAAUGAUCAUUUGCUUUUAAUGUCAUUUUAUACAGUGAACCCUGAAAAUGUUCAGGUUUAGAUCAAGCCAGAUUUGCUCAACGUGAGCUAUGCACUCAGUACCAUAAACUUAAAAACUUAAAGGGUUGGUUUGCUUGACACAAGCCAAGCAUGAGGUGUGGUCUGUGCUGUGCAUAGCUGCACAUUGUGCUGCUCAAGUGAUUUCAUCCCACAUCGCCUCCUAGUGUCAGUGCUCUCCCAAACAAUGUACUUUGACCUUGUGAUGCCUCACUAUUUUUUUGCACUCAUUGGAUUAAAUUAUUACAUCAUAGUACCUACUAAGCCUUCCACACUUCAUUAUUUACGCUUUUGUGUGACUUUGAAUUUUUGGAAAUGUUUAGUACACAUACUGUAAUAAUAUUCAACUACUGUAUGUGUUUUAUUGAAGUCUCUGGAAUGCAUCCCAAUUUUUCUCACAUAAUCUUAAUUUCAAUUGACAUGCAUUUGAUCGGCUCUGGAUUUUCCAUUAACACAUCCCUCAUGCAAAUGAACGGUUCACUGUAAUGUAUAAUCUGAAUUAUUAAGUAAAUUUUAUAUAAUUUA